AUGAUUGCCUCUAAGACUAUCGUCUCUGCUUUGACCCUCUCAGCCCUUGCUGCUGCUGCCCCUGCCCCCUCUAACUUCUCUAUUAGACAGGUUGCUGUCAAGGGCCAUGAUGUCCACCCAGCUGCCCUAUAUGCUAGGGCUCUUGCCAGGUUUGAUCUUGAGGUUCCUGAGCAUAUUGCCCGAGCUGCCAGCACCUGUGAGAAGGGCUCUGUGAUCACCAAUCCCUAUAAAAAUGAUGCUACGUACCUCACUCCUGUCAAAGUUGGCAACAACAACUUAUUGAUGAACUUUGAUACUGGUUCUGCUAGUCUAUGGGUCAUGACUAAGAGUACCCCUGAUAUUGGAUCCCAUAAGACCUAUGACCCCCGCACUGGCAGAUUGAUGAAGGAUUAUUUCUGGAGUGCUAAAAACGGAAAGGGCGUCACUUUACAAGGUGGUGUGUACAGGGAUAAGGUUACUAUUGCUGGUAUUACCUACGGGGACCAGGCUGUUCAGACUGUUAAAAUCGUCAUUCCCGCUUCAGCUGGUUUGUCUAAGAGACCAUAUGACGGUAUCGUCGGAUUCGCCCUGUCUCAACGUAAUCCUGUUAGACCCAACCUGCAACAGACCUUCUUUGAGAAUAUUAAAGACAAGCUUGUUGAUCCCGUCCUUGGUAUUUACCUUAAGCAUGGGGCUCCUGGUGCCUUCGACUUUGGUUGGGUUGAUGACAAGAAAUUCAAGGGGGACCUUGUCUGGAUGGGUGUUGAUAGCAGCCAGGGAUUAUGGAAGAUUAUUGUUGACGGAUACGCUAUUGGCAACGAGUUUUCUAGUCCUUAUUCUUUCAAUGCCAUUAUUGACACUGGCACCAGCAUUCUCCUCCUUGAGGAGAAGAUUGUUAAAGAGUACUACAAAAUGAUUUCCAGUGCCUAUUACGACUCCGCGAACGGUGGAUGGGUCUUCAGAUGCGAUGAUAUCAUUCCUAACCUCAUUUUUAAUAUUGGUCCAUACUCUGCUGAGAUUCCUGGUGAUUAUAUGAAGUAUCUUUCCAACGGUACGUAUUGCUAUGGUGGUGCCCAGUCCUUACCGGGCGGUCGACGCGACACCAGUGUGCUUGGUGAUAUCUUCAUAAAGACCCAGUACCUCGUUUUGGACCACAGUGACCCCAAAAACCCCAGGGUUGGUAUUGCUUCCCAGGCCUAUUAG